GGCCCUGGCGGGUGACACGAGGCUGAUGAACCCCUCAGCCCCCAUGUCCUCAGCUGUGAACUAGGACACAGCGCCUGACUCCCUGGCUUGUGGGGAAUACCAGAGAAAACAGCACUGGGGACGGUCACAAAGUGUCAGUCCUCCCGGAGCCUGCCCCCUCCUCCCCACCCAGCACACAGGAAGCGCCCUGCACUCUGGUCAGGAACAGCAGAAGCCACGCCCACGUCGGAGGGGGAGACAACCCCGGCCUGCAGCCGGCUCGGGAGUUUGUCGCAGGAGGCUGUGCGGGAGGAAGGGGUUACCCAAUGGGCCUCACAAGGCGCCUAUCAGUGGGGCUUUGCAGCAUUGUGUUAUUUGGAUAAUUGCCCUGGGAAGAGGGCGAGUCUGGAAUUACUAUCCCCAUUUGAAACCUGGGGAAACUAAGUCCUACAGGAAUUGGGGACUUCAAGCAGAGGUUGGGAUCCACCCAGACGCUUGGCUGCCUGUACCCUGCCCCAGCCUCAGGGUGGGGUGCGAGGAGGGGUCGGAAGUUGGUUGGGACAGGGCGCAGCCGCCCGGGCCGAGCCGGGUCACGUGACUCCGGAGGCCCGCCGCCACGUGGGCCGGGCCGGGCGGUGCAGCUCCCUCUGGCCCCGCCAGGCCUGUGACGGUCAGAGGUCGCCCCCUGGGCCCUCGAUCACUCCGUCCCCCUCACCCCGCCGUCCCUCCCCCAGGUGGUGGAGCCCAGACCGUGUUUGCUGGCGGACAGGUGAGCCGCUCGUGGGCGCGCAGGGCCGCUCCUCUCCGGCACCUUCCAGAUGGGCUUCGGGAGGCUUCGGAGGCUGUGCCCGGGCUCUGAGCGGCCCUAGGUCUGCAGGCUGGCUGGGCGUGGGCCGCAGACAUGGCCCAGCCGCCAGCCUUUGUCUUCAACAUCCUGGAGACCCCAGAGGACCAGGGCAGCCAGGACCCCAGCCCCUAUGAUGAGAGCGAAGUGCACGACUCCUUCCACCAGCUCAUUCAGGAGCAGAGCCAGCGGGCGGCUGAGGAGGGUCUGGAAUUACGGGUCCUCCCCCAGAGGGAGCCGGGGCCCGAAACCCUGGGGGCCUCAGGCAGUGGCCACCAGGCCCUCCUGGGGCCCGAGGGUGUCCCUGAUUACAGCACGGCCACGCUCCGCAUCUUGGCCAGCAUGCCCAGUCGCACCAUUGGCCGCAGCCGAGGCGCCAUCCUCUCCCAGUACUACAACCGCACGGUGAGGCUGCGGCGCAGGGGCAGCCGGCCCCCUCUGGGGGGUGUGGGGCGCUCCGCCCGGCCCAGCCUCCGCCUCUAUGACCUGGAGCUGGACCCCACGGCCUUCCAGGAGGAGGAGAAGCGGACCCUCCUGGUGAAGGAGCUUCAAGGCCUGACAGUGGCCCAGCGGGACCACAUGCUUCGCGGGAUGCCCUUGAGUCUGGCUGAGAAACGCUCCCUGCGGGAGGAGAGCUGGACCCAGAGCGGGAAGCAGAGGGGCCCGCAGGGCCGUCGAGGGCUCCUGCCCUGCUGUAGCCGGCUCCGAUAUGCCUGUGGCCUGGCCUUGCACAGCCUGGGGCUGGCGCUGCUCUCAGCACUGCAGGCCCUGACGCCGUGGCGCUACGCCCUGAAGCAGAUCGGGGGCCAGUUCGGCUCUAGCGUGCUGUCCUACUUCCUCUUCCUCAAGACCCUGCUGGCCUUCAACGCCCUCCUGCUGCUGCCGCUGCUGGCCUUCAUCGUGGGCGUGCAGGCCGCCUUCCCGCCAGCCCCCGCGGACUCUGUCCCCACCUUCACGGGCCUGGAGCUCCUCACUGGUGGGGGCCGCUUCUCCCACUCCGUCAUGUACUACGGCUACUACAGUAAUACCACGCUGAACCAGCUGUGUGGCCCCCCACUGGAUGGCAGCCAGUGCACCCCUGAGGCGGGGGGCCUGCCCUACAACAUGCCCCUGGCUUACCUCUUCACCAUGGGCAUGUCCUUCUUUAUCACCUGCAUCACCCUGGUGUACAGCAUGUCCCGCUCUUUUGGGGAGAGCUACCGGGUGGGCAGCACCUCGGGGGUCCACGCCAUCACCGUUUUCUGCUCCUGGGACUACAAGGUGACUCAGAAAUGGCCCUCGCGUCUGCAGCAGGACAACAUCCGAACCCAGCUGAAGGAGCUGCUGGCUGAGUGGCAGCUGCAGCAGGGCCCACGGAGCGUGUGGGGGCGGCUGCGGCAGGUGGCUAUCCUGGGGUUCGUGUGGCUGCUGUGCCUGGGGACCACGCUGGGCUGCACUUUGGCCGUCUACGCCUUCUCUGAGCUCAUGAUCAAGAACCCAGUGUCUGCUGAGCGGGAGUGGGAGCUGCUGGCCCUGCCCCUGGUGGUCUGCCUCCUCAACCUGGGGGCCCCCUACCUGUACCGUGGCCUGGCCGCCCUGGAGCGGCACGACUCCCCCAUACUGGAGGUAUACGUGGCCAUCUGCAGGAACCUCAUCCUAAAGAUGGUCAUCCUAGGGAUUCUUUGCUACCAUUGGCUGGGCCGCAGGGUGGGCGCCCUGAAGGGCCAGUGCUGGGAGAACUUCGUCGGCCAGGAGCUGUACCGGCUCAUGGUGAUGGACUUCGUCUUCACGCUGCUGGACACGCUUUUCGGGGAGCUGGUGUGGAGGUUCAUCUCUGAGAAGCAGCGUAAGAAGCGGGGGAAGCCAGAGUUCGACAUUGCCCGCAAUGUUCUAGAACUGAUUUACGGGCAGACGCUGACCUGGCUGGGGGUCCUCUUCUCGCCCCUCCUCCCGGCCAUGCAGAUCGUCAAGCUGCUGGUCCUCUUCUAUGUCAAGAAGACGAGCCUGAUGGCCAACUGCCGGGCGCCCCGCAGGCCCUGGCUGGCUUCCCACAUGAGCACCGUCUUCGUGUCGCUGCUCUGCUUCCCCUCCUUCCUGGGCGCCGCCAUCUUCCUCUGCUACGCCAUCUGGCAGGUGAGGCCCUCGAGCAUCUGCGGCCCCUUCCGGACCCUGGACACCAUGUAUGAGGCGGGCAAGGUGUGGGUGCGCCACCUGGAGAAGGCGGGCCCCAGGGUCUCCUGGCUGCCCUGGAUCCACCGGUACCUGGUGGAGAACACCUUCCCCAUCUACCUGGUGUCGGCUCUGCUGCUGGCUGUGAUCUACCUCAACAUCCAGGUGGUGAAGGGCCAGCGCAAGGUCAUCUGCCUCCUCAAGGAGCAGAUCAGCAACGAAGGGGAAGACAAAAUCUUCUUAAUCAACAAGCUUCACUCUGUCUACGAGGGGAAGGAGAGGAGCAGGUGUGUGGGGCUUUUGGGGGAGGAGGCAACCUGUUCAGUUUGGUGAGAGGAACACGGCAAUGAGAGCCUGUGGGUGGGGAGGUCGAGUGGGGUCCUCAUGCCCUUCCCUCCUCUUCUCUCUGCCUCUCCCAUUUCUUUACAAGUCGGGGGUGCCUGCCACAAAGGUGGGGGGAACACCCCCAAAUGCUGUGUCUCGGCCUUGGGUGGCCAUGGGUGGGGCCGGGGUUGCUGCUGCGGCCCCACGUCUCACCCUUCAUUUGUUACCUGUGGUUCAGCCCAGGGAAAGGGAGAUGAGUUCAGACAGCUUCCUGCUGCCUGGACAGACAGACACACGGGAAUACACAGCCCCCCCAACACUCCCCCCGGCCAGGUGGGCAGGCUGAGGUCUGCAGAGACCCCCCGCAGGCAGGAGCCCCCUUAAACAAAUGCAUCAGAGGGGAUCCGAGCCUUUGCCCAGCCCCUCCCACUUCUCUCUAGAGCCUUCUUUACCCUCUGAGGCCGAAUGCAGCCCCUGAAGAAGGCUGCUGGGUGUCUGGCCCACCAGGUUGGAGGGACCGCAGCCACCCCUGGCUGACUUCCCUUUGUGGCAGGGUUGGGAGAGCCCAGGAGGCCGAGGUGCCCCCAACAUUGCCUGCAGAUGAGCGGGACGCCCGGUAGGACAGCGAUGUGUCUGGCAGCCCUGUGUCUGCUCACAGCUCGGCCUGCACCCUGUGUCACCCUCCGUCCCCACGGCCCUUCAGGCAGAGAUGCUGGCCCGAGACUGCACUGGUCCCUCUGGCUGACCCCGCUUGGACACAGGAGGGUGACAGGACUCUGUGGCCAUCUGAGGCUGGGGCUGGAGGGUGGGUGAAUGGGACCCUGCCCUGCCCAGACUCUAUUUAUUCUGAUUAAACAUGUUUUGCAAAAUGGGUUUGUCUCUUGGGAGCCUGGGCCUGCCCAGGUGUGCGCAGGGCCUUGCCCCUGGGCCCACAGCCUGCCUCCCGCUGCCCCGUGGGUGACCUCCCGGCCGAGGUCGUGGGAACCUCAGCCUCCUGCACAGGCAGCUCCUUCAGUUCCUCCUUCUGGCUCUUGAAGGCACCUCCCUGGAGACCACACCAGGGCCCGCAGCCUUCCUCUCAGUAGUCACAGAUGCACUUUUGGAUGGACGAACGUGAACUGACCACUUCCUGCGGUCACGAGAAGCCCGGGAGACGCCUCGGUGGGGCGCCCCCAGGCCCGGGCU